GUUAACAUCAGCAGAUCAAUAGACACGGAGAACUGCUUUGCGGUAUUUUUUUUUCUAGGAUGUUGUUAUUCUGAUAAUGGAACAUGAAUUUAUUCUACUUUCAGUGAUCAAAUAAAAAGUAAAAAAAAAAAAAAGAGAAGUGACGUAAACCAAAAGGAGAAUCCGGUCUUCAAAAUUAUGACCUAAUUUUCGGAGGAUUUAGAAAAGAAAAAAAAACUCUUUAAACUAAAUGCCUAAAACCUGAAAUAAAAAAAGUAACAAAAGCGUAUAUGAAAAAAGAGAGAUCUUGACCGUCCGUUUGUAUACAUCAUAGAAUCCCGGCUGUCAAACCAUUUGGCCGAGGAGAAUAGCUUGACCGCUGCUAUAAAAGCUUGCUCUCUUUGGGAGAACCUACUCAUCUGGAACACGACGCUCAAACACGGAUCAGCUGAUUUUAAUGUUCAAGAUGCCGGCGAAUGUUAAUUCCGUUUUUUAUAUCAUAGCUUGUAUAGUGGUUGCAGUUUUUUGCACCGUUCUACCUCAGACAAUAGAUUCAAUGGAGGAUUUGGAACACAUUGAGACCGGCAACAUUACACAAGAACAGAUUUUGAGUAUCUUAUCUCAAAACAGCAAUUCACCAGGCGAUUCAGAUGGAUUAAAUUCAAAUCAGAGUCGGUGUCAGACUUGCAGGAUAAGAGAGGAUCAGAAGAGAAUACGAAUUGAAUCAAUCAAGAACAGAAUUGCACAUGCAUUAAAACUGGACGUUCUGGGUAUCCCCAACAUAACAGAAAUACGGAUACCAAAAGUUCCAUCAUAUCAGAGGUUACAAGAGAGAUAUGCAAUUCAAGACAGAGUGAGUGAAAUGCAAAGUGAUGAGCCAUACACGUACGCUGAUCAGAUCGAAGACGAGGAAGAUGAGUUCGGAAGAUCAGAGAGGACGUACAUAUUUUCCGAAGAACCCCCAGUAUCUCUCGACAUCGUAACUCCUAACGCAAUAUACUUCAACAUGCCUUCAAUGGAGAACAGAGACGUGUAUAAAGCACUGUUAUGGGUUUACAUAACCCCCCGCAGUCAUUACGACUUACCCAACAACGUAUCCGAGAUAUUCCUGUACAGGCUGGUUCCACCAGGAAAACACGGCGGCCCCCCUGUCAAAAGAUUUCUCAAGAAGAGGAAAAGACCGAUUUCUAGCACCAGUGGUUGGCACCACUUUGACGUGUCAGACAUUGCACAUCGCUGGGCUUCAAAUCCUUCCUCAAAUCUUGGACUGGUAGUAGAAGCUUUUGAUGCUGAGAAUGAAAAUUUGAUUGUCAUGCCACCUACCUCUGGAAUAGAUGAAGGAUAUGAACCCAACCUAGAUUUGCGGACAACAACAACAGCAACACACAGUCGGAGAAAAAGAUCCACUGGACUAACCUGCGAUGAGCAAAAUCAGUUUGAAGCGUGUUGUCGUUAUCCUUUGACCGUCAGUUUUUUAGAAUUUGGUUGGGACUUUGUCAUUGCUCCCAAAUGGUAUGACGCCUAUUAUUGCGCUGGAGAGUGCAGGAACGAAGGAAUGAGCAAUCACGGUCACUCAUCAGUUGUUCAACAAGUACCAGAGUCAAGAAUGAUCGGAAAUAAUCCGGGUCCGUGUUGUUCACCCGUCCGAAUGUCUAAUCUUAGAAUGCUGUAUUUUGAUCAUACCUCUAGAUUACAGCUCACAACUCUUCCGCGUAUGAAGGUAGUUAGGUGUGGUUACUUUGGGCCUCUGUCGAUGUAUUCAAACCUGCUCUCAUUAAUUUAUACGUACACAUAUUUUACAAUGCUAGCAUUCUGCACGGUGAUACCUCGAAGGAACCUGGAUAUAAUGGAACAAUAUGGUGUUACCGAAGAGGAAUCGGAGCAAAUCGCUAACAUUUUGGAUCAAACCCCAGAGUUGUUGAACGGAUUUGAUGGUUUAAAUAAUACAGAAAACCAGUGUCGACCCUGUCGUAUUCGUGAGAGCCAAAAGAAAUUAAGAUUGGAUUCCAUUAGAGCAAAACUGUCUCACGCUUUAAGAUUGGACGUUUUAGGUAUACCAAAUGUUACACGAACACGAUUACCAAGAGUUCCAUCCUAUGAAAGAUUACAGCAACAAUAUGAAAACGAAUUAAAUUUGAAUGAAAUGCAAAACGAUCAAGCAUAUUCAUAUGCAGAACAGCUAGAAGAUGAAGAAGAUGAAUUUGGUAGAAUGGAAAGAACCUUUAUAUUUUCUGAAGAUCCACCAACAUCAUUGGGAGUAGAAGCCCCAAACGCAAUAUACUUCAAUAUAUCUCAUAUGGAAAACAGACGUGUGUACCAGGCCCACUUAUGGGUAUACAUCGAACAACGAAGACAAUAUGACUUACCACACAAUGUAACGGAAAUGUUUCUAUACAAAUUGGUUUCUCCUGGAAAACGUCUAGGACCACCAGUCAAAAGGUUCAUAAAAAAGAGGAAAAAAUCCAUUGCAGAAACUGCUGGAUGGCAUCAAUUUGAUAUCACUGAAUUGGCCCAUUCUUGGGUAACCGAUCCUUCUUCAAACCUAGGGGUAGUUGUAGAAGCCUUCGAUGCAAAUAAUGAAAACCUCAUUGUCCUUCCUAAUGGAUCUGCAAGCAGCAGUGGAUAUGAACCAAACCUUGACUUCAGGACAACAACAGCCCUUCAUGAGAACAGAAGGAAGAGAGAUACAGGUAUUGACUGCAACGAGCAAAACCAAUUUGAAACGUGUUGUCGCUAUCCUUUAACAGUGGAUUUCGAAGAGUUCAAAUGGGAUUUUGUUAUCGCACCGCUGCAUUACGACGCCUAUUACUGCGCGGGAGAAUGCAGAAAUGAAGGUUUGAGCCAAUCUGGCCAUGCUGCUGUUGUUCAGCAGGUUCCCGAAUCGAGCAUCAUUGGAGGCAGUAACGCUGGACCAUGUUGUACACCUGUUCGGAUGUCAAGUCUCACGAUGCUUUACUUUGAUCACAAUCUUAGGGUACAAUUAACGACACUGCCAAAAAUGAAAGUUGAACGCUGCGGGUGCGCCUAAGUUCAUUCAUGUGUGAUUUUUGAUAAUACAGAUUUCUGUUGGUGAAAUACGUAGUGCUUUCAUUUGAAGAGUAAAAUAUUUAUCUUGUUUGCUCUUCUUUCGUUCCACCAAUAGUUUGUUGAAUAGGGCAUUUUUGAGCGGUUUUGAAUAUACACGAAACUCCAUUGAAUGAUCUCGAUUUUAGAUUUGUAGUGUUUGUGAAAAUUUGUCUUGCCAGACGCUACUGUCUGCAGAAUAUUGAGACAAAUCAUAUGAUUUUCCUUACUUAUGUAUGUUUUUCGUUGUAUUUACCGUGUUAUUAAUUCGUAUAUGUAAUGUAAGCUAUUGUUAUUUUGAAAGGUGUUAACUGCGUGCCCAUAAGACUACUUAAUAUAUGUAUAUUUUGCAUUUGAGUAGUAUCGAUUCACAUACAUGUUUAUUUUUCUCUAAAACCAUUGCAUUCCAUAUAUUCUACAAAAACCGCCAUCUUAACAAGUAAAAGACUGACAAAUCAUUUACUGAUGCUUGAUGAAAAAUGUCAUUUAAAUUCAUGCACAAAAUGUAUGUGCCUAAAAGAAGUUCUACUGUGAUAAUCGUUAUGAAAAUAAAAUGGCUUUUGUUCUUUA